CCGAUCCACAUCUUAUCUGACGACAAACGCGUUCGACAGUCCUUCGUGGUUUAUGCCUUAGGAAAGUUUCUCGAAGAAGGUGGAUCGGUUCUUCAACUCCUUAUCGGUUACUCUAUUGCGGAACCGACAAGUCUUUUAUUAAUUCGUGAACAAUUUGUUCGUUAAUAUGGAUCCGGAAGGAUAUUCGGACGAACCGUUAAAAAACGAGUCGGAAAAUGACAGCAAUAACGAAGAUUGUGCCCAUUCACCCGUAUUGCUGGACUUGGAUAAAAACUCUAAACUGCAACAACAAGAAAUACUGAAUCAGAAAGAAAGUUCUCUAUCCAAGCUAUCGCCGAUCAAUCAAUAUUUGCAGGAUCAAUUCAUUAGAAGUGAAUCAGAAGAUUCAAGCAUAUCGGAGAGAAGAACAUGGCAUCAUAGGAACAUUGAAGAUCGUCAACAAAAUAACAAACGUGUGUUUGUGAUCAGGGUACCCGAACCAGAAGUGAUUAAUAGUCACCCACAUUUAGAAAUUCUUCAUGAAACGAACAUUAAAUCGGUGCAACGUGAAUCGUCGCAAACCGAAAAGGAUUAUAAAAAGUCGGCUUGCGAUCGUGAACGAACAAGGAUGAGAGACAUGAACCGCGCGUUUGAGCUCUUACGAUCGAAGCUACCAAUUUGUAAACCGCCUGGAAAGAAACUAUCGAAAAUAGAGUCGCUCAGACACGCCAUAACUUAUAUCAGACAUUUGCAAAGUCUUUUGGAACCCCAAUACAACUACAUACCGAACGUGCCUGAAAGAAAUUAUUAUUCUGCUAACGCACCCGUUACAAACGCCACAUCCUUUGAUGUGCAACACCCAACCCGAUGGGAAUCAUUUGCUUAUUAUCGUUAUGAUUAUUAUUCUCCGUUUGUUACUCCAUCCCCAUCGACUUUAUCCUCUACUAUUCACCCUCGAAUACCAACGGAACUAGAAGAUCGACAAUUCCCUCACGAGACACGACAUUAGUACCACUCCCGCCCUGUCCUUAAGGAAUCGUUCGUACUUUCUUUGAGAUAUUAUUCUCUUUAAUACUAGAACUACCGAGCAGUAGAAUUGAUUAUUCUGUAUUUCCUUAUAGAAUGUAUAAAAAUACAUUUAUUGAGUUCUGUAUUUCCUUAUAUUUUAGUUUGUAAUCAUCUAAAUCAAUUUAUUGAAUAAUUUCUCAGAAGAUUGUCUGUGCCUUUUCCAUAAUUACGAAAGAAGUGUCACGAAAUGGGUUGUUUUGACCCAUUUGGUAGUUCUAGUGUUAAUAUAUAAACACAUCGGAAUUAAUUCUCCUUUCAUGGCUACUGAGGCUGCAAAGGGCCAAUAUCAAAAAGACAUGUAAUUUUGAUAAUAAGAAUCAACAGCAUUUUUAUAUACAAUAUUUAUAUUAUAGAAUAAAAACAAUUUACAUAAAAAUCAUCUGUAUGUACAAUUGAUUGAAUCUUAAUUUGAACCAACAAUUGAAAA